GUGAUUAUUGGGACACCAACACUUAAGCAAAGAAGAUCUAUCCUGCAGUUGCUUACAGCUAGUAUGCCAAUUUCUACAGACGUUGAUUUGGUUAAACUGGCAGAAAUGACAACUGGGUAUGUUGGAGCUGACCUCACAGCACUCUGCAGAGAAGCUGCUAUGCAGGCUUUGUGCCGCAGCUCUUUGGAUUCAACUGAAACAGUGAUUAACAUCGCAGAUUUCCAAGAAGCUUUUAAAAAAAUUCAGCCAUCCUCUUUUCGAGGUGCAAUUGGACUCACAGAGUAUAAACCUGUCACCUGGGAGCAAAUUGGUGGUCUCGAAGCUGUGAAAUUAAAGUUAAAACAGAGUAUUGAGUGGCCCAUGAAAUUUCCUCAGGCGUUUGCUAGGAUGGGCCUGUCUCACCCAAAGGGCAUUCUUCUCUAUGGGCCAUCAGGGUGUGCCAAAACCACACUGGUGAAGGCUGUGGCCACGAGUUGUCACUGUUCCUUUCUCUCUGUAAGUGGUGCUGACCUUUUCUCGCCUUAUGUUGGAGACUCGGAGAAGAUUUUGUCUCAGGUUUUUCGCCAAGCAAGAGCAAAUACUCCAGCAAUCAUAUUCCUAGAUGAGAUUGAUUCUAUCUUGGGAUCUCGGUCACACUGUAAAACUGGCCAUGGUGUCUCAGAGCGGGUUCUUUCUGUUCUUCUCAAUGAGUUGGAUGGUAUUGGGCUGAAAGUCACAGAAAGAAGAGGUAGCAAACUACAGCUUGAGGGUCAAUGUCAAGAUCAAAUUGAUGAGGAAAGAAAGCUUGAGUUUCAGGAAGCUUUGAACAAAGAUUUCAUGGUAGUUGCUGCAACAAAUAGACCAGAUAUGUUGGAUGAUGCCUUAUUGCGUCCUGGAAGGCUAGACAAGAUGAUCUAUGUUCCACCACCAGAUCUGAAGGGAAGGCUUUCCGUUUUGAAAAUCUGCACAGAAAAAAUUCCAUUAGAUACUGAUGUGUCAUUACAAGAAGUGGCAGGCCUAACAGACUUCUUCUCUGGAGCUGAUAUUGAGAAUCUGUGUAAGGAGGCUGCUUUGUUGGCAUUGCAAGAGAAUGGACUUGAAGCAACUGCUGUAAAACACGAGCAUUUUGUCAAAUCAUUGAGGAAUGUAAAACCAUCCUUGAACAUAAAAGACUUGGAAUUUUAUGAAAAAUUUAAUCAUCAAGAAUCAGCCUCUUGAAUCAAAAAGGAGUGAUGUGCCAUAGGUAUUUUUAAAUAUAUUACAAAGACUUUGCAAUGUCUGACAAUUUUCCUGCUUUUUAUUUUUGUACUUACUGUACUUUUCAGUUUGUAUGAAAUACAGUAAAAUGUCACUUGUGAAAAAUCUGUGGUCUCAAUAAUGAAGACUAAAUUAAAAUCUUGUUUGCUUU